AUGGUUCAGAUCGCCAGUAUCGGCGCCAAGGGCGCGCAGGAGAAGGUGCAGAUCGCCCAGGCUGAGGCUCCCCAGUUCGAGAAAGUCGACUGGAAAAGAGAGCCUCACCUGCGCAAGCUGUACAUGCUAUCGGCGGCGCUGAUGGUUGCUUCGGCCACCACGGGUUACGAUGGGGUGAAGGAGAGCAACUGGCUGGGUCUCCUGGUCAACAUGUUCAAUAUUGGUGCCAUUCUCAGUUACUUCAUCACCCCCUACGUUGCUGAUCACUUGGGCCGGAAAAUCGCCAUCAUCACGGGAUGCUGCUUCAUGGUCGUCGGAGGUGUCAUCGGCUGUGCUUCCAACGGAUACAACAUGUACAUCGCUUCUCGGUUCAUCCUGGGUUUCGGCAACGGCCUGGCCCAGAUGUGCUCGCCCCUGCUGCUGGUCGAGAUUGUUCAUCCCCAGCACCGUGGUCCUGUUACCACCAUCUAUAACUGUCUUUGGAACGCCGGUGCGCUGCUCGUCUCCGUCAUUGGAUGGGGUACCUCGUACGUCGCGAGCGAGUGGUCCUGGCGGUCCAUCACCUUGCUGCAGAUCGUUCCCUCGGUCAUCCAGCUCAUGUUUAUCUACUGUAAGUCAUCCUCUGGUACCCGCGUGGUUCCUAGUGUAGUGGCUAAUCGGAGCGGCCCCAAAGGGAUCCCCGAAUCUCCCCGUUUCCUCAUCAACAAGGAGCGCCACGACGAGGCCCUCGCUGUUCUCACCAAGUACCACGGUGGUGGCGAUGUGCUCAACACCGUCGUGCAGUUCGAAUACCGUGAGAUCAAGGAGACUAUCCGUCUGGAGAAGGAGGCCGGUUCGAAGAGCAGCUACAUUGACUUCUUCCGCACCAAGGGUAACCUCUGGCGUCUGGCGAUUAUCGUCUCGCUGGGUAUUAUCUCGCAGUACUCGGGUAAUGCUCUGUUCUCCAACUACAUGAAUCAGAUCUACGAGGGGGCCGGCAUCACCAGCCAGAACCAGAAGUUGGCCCUGAGCACCGGCAAGACCAUGCUUGAUAUCAUUGUCACGGUCGCCGCCGCCUUGCAGGUCGACAAAUUCGGUCGUCGUCCUCUGUUCCUGACUGCGAUUUCUGGCAUGGUCGGCUCCUUCGUGUGCUGGACCAUCACCGGUGCCGUCUAUGAAAAUUCCGGCGAGACCAACAGCGGCUCUGGCUACGCGCAGGUUGUCUUUAUCUGGAUCUUCGGCAUCUUCUACGACAUUGGUUUCUCCGGUCUGCUGGUCGCCUACGCCCUCGAGGUCCUCCCCUUCCAGCUCCGUGCCAAGGGUAUGAUGAUCAUGAACCUCACCGUCCAGGCCAUUCUUGCCCUGGGUAACCAGACCAACAUGCUCGCCUGGAACAACCUGCCCCACCACUGGAACUUUAUGCUUUUCUACACCCUCUGGAACUUCUGCGAACUGGUCUUCGUCUAUUUCUUCUACGUCGAGACCAAGGGCAACACCCUUGAGGAGGUGGCGCGCAUCUUCGACGGCGACGACGCCAUUGCGCAUAUUGACCUGCAGCAGGUCGAGAAAGAGAUCGAGGCCGAGGCGACGUACCACGAGACUGUUCCUAACAAGUCGGCUGCUUGA